AUGGUGGAUGCUGCUUCAAUUAUCACCCUCCGUGCUGCAGGUGCUCUGUUUCUAGGGAAGACAACAACUACUGAGUUCGCGGCGAGCUAUGAUGGUACCAUAUCUGAUACGAAAAACCCUCAUAAUCCAGAAUGCACCCCCGGUGGGUCAUCCUCUGGAUCUGGGGCAGCGGUUGGUGAUUACCAGUACUUCACUCCUGAGGGUCACUAG